UAUUUGGGGCCAAUAUUCCUAAUCAGCAAUGAUUAGACCCUCGUAUGGGGCUCAGUCAUCUUUUAUCUCUUCUUUCUUCCUGUUGUGUGCCACAAGAAAUGAUCUCCUGUUAGUUGAUAACAGUGCUUCAGCCUGAGUUCACUUCUGCUGAUGGAUUCCUCCUCCAACUAUUUGUCUAUUUCUGCUUGAAAGAUCAAAGGACCAAAAAAAAUGUAUACGGCGAAAUUAUGGAAAUACUGGGCGGUGUUUUUCCUGAGCCACCUUUACAUUGCAGAAUCCUACCGAAUCUAUAUCGGACGAACCUCAAAAAGAUGCUCUUAUGGUGAAAGAGGAUCUCUCACGGCAACAUGUGAAAAUAUCGAUACAGCCAGCUUCUUCAAGAGCACACCAUACAGGUUCGACCAUUUGGAUGAAACCCUGCAAUGCGUCAACUGCUCUCUAAAAACCGUCGAACCCAACACAUUUGACAUAUCCGGAAAUCAGAUCAAACACUUGGUCCUGAAGAACAGCGGUAUCGAGGAACUCCAACCAAGAGGAUUCGUUGGUCUGGUGUUCGUCAUGGAUGUGGAUUUGUCCAACAAUAGAAUAAAGAAGGUCAAUGCAAGGACAUUUUCCGGUAUCAAAAAGAUCGAAUCGAUCAAUCUGAGAAAUAAUUCAUUGGAAUCGCUACUCAAUGAAGGGUUUGGUGAAUUGACCAAUUUGGUUACCCUCACACUCAGUGAAAAUAAAAUAAGUGAAAUGGAGCAUUAUGCUUUUCAAGGACUGAAGAGUCUGAAAGUUUUGAAACUGAACAAUAAUCUCAUACGAAAUGUAACUUAUGUUUUCAAUAAUCUCACUACGCUUGAGCAUUUGGACUUGUCAAAUAACCGUAUUAGUGCUAUUACGAAAAUAGAGUUCAGCAACUUAACUUCACUCCUCGAGUUGAAACUCGACAAAAACAAGAUAAAGUAUUUGCCAUCAUUGGUUUUCUACGGGGCGCCACAAUUAGAAUUAUUAGGAUUAUCCUUCAAUUUGCUGGAAGGCUACGAUCCUGAAGCCUUCGAAGGUUUAAAUAAUUUGGAAACUCUAGAUUUGGGUAGCAAUCUUUUGACGGAUAUACAAGAGAAAUCAAUGACCAGUUUGCAAGGACUACUCAACUUGAAUUUGACCGGAAAUGGCUUUACCAUUUUCCAAGUGAAAAGGUUUGCUGGUUUGCCAAUACUGAGAGUCUUAGAUUUGUCCAGCAACCAAAUUGAAGAUAUUGAUGUAUCAGGGAUAUUUCCCUUACACGAUUUACACACUUUGGACUUAUCAAAAAAUAAACUAGACGAUUUCGACUACGUAAGUCUUUUACAUAGGAUGCCAAGGAUCACAUAUCUAUAUUUACAAGGUAACAACUGGCGUUGUGAUUUGGAAGAUGAGAUGGAAAAAUAUUUCGAUGGAGAAAGCUUCAAGUUCCAACUUUUCGAUAAGAAAAAUGGUAGCGUGGUAUGCAACGACAGCAUCCAGAAAAAGAAUCAUUCUUUCCAUGCAGCUCUUCCAAUUCGUUCCGAUACUUCCCUUUCAGCUGACAAGUCUGACUCCACUCAGCUGAUGAUUAUUUUUGGUCUAGUCUUCUUAGCUUUCGCCGUCAUACUGCUCAGUUAUGGUCAAUACCAGAUUUCUAAAGAAAUACGUUUCAAUCCAUUGAUGACUAGAAAAAGGACUGUUUCGGAAGUGAAACUAUUCCAAUCAGAAAUCCGUGAUGACGACAGUGAUUUUCCCAAGUAAUGAUUAGUCUAUUUAUUCGUGAUAUUUUUUUGAUUUAUUGUGUGUAUUGUUUAUUCAGUAAAGUUUAGUAUUGAUUAGAAAUUUGCAAUUAUGUUCUUGUUAACCUCUCUGUUUUGAUAUAUUGUAGAUGUUUUGUUUGUAUUGAAUAUUUUCAGAAUAAAUGUAGACAUAGAAAAUG